AUGAGUACCAAAAAGUAUGCAUUAAUCACAGGGGCAUCCUCAGGUAUUGGCUAUGCUCUUGCUACAGAGCUUUCUCGCAAAGGGUACACAGUAAUUGGGUGCUCGCCUGCCUCAGUCAUUUUUGCACAAAAGCCCCUCGAAAAAGAAUACGGAUUGAUUUCAAUCCCAUUGGACAUCACUGAUCCUGAGAACAUCAAAUUGGUAGCCACGCAAGUAGAAGAAAUCACCGGGGGUAAACUACACAUUCUCUACAACAAUGCUGGAAUUUCAAUUGCUGGACCAGCAAUUGAAACUGAUGAAAAAGACCUCGACAAGAUUUUCCAAGUCAAUGUCAUUGGUCAUAUCAAUGUGACAAAAUACCUUUCCCCGCAAGUCAUCAACGCCAAAGGAACAAUAGUUUACACUUCAUCGGUGGCAGCAAGAGUUCCCUUGAGUUGGGUUAGCGUAUACAAUGCAACCAAGGCUGCCAUUGACGCUUAUGCACUAACAUUGCACGGGGAAAUGGCACCAUUCGGAGUCCGAGUACACAGCGUCAUUACCGGUGGAGUAGACACUGCAAUAUGCGACGCCAACGUAAAAACAACAUUGGGCGACUCCUACUACGAAGUACCGGGAGUAUACGACUCAAUUAGGUCAAGUGCAAUGAUGAGUCGCGAUUUGAAUAUAAGCCCCGAAAAGUAUGCAAAAGAAAUCGUUAAAGAGUUAACAAGGUGGAGAAACCCUGGCUUCAAUUUGUACCAUGGGGCAAGAGCAUAUUUCUUGCACUGGGUAAGUAGGUGGAUGCCCUUGUGGUUGGUCGAGUUUGGUGUCCAGUACCAUUUUAAACAAUGGAAAGUGUUGAGAACCUUGGCAAGGUUAGUUAGUCAAAAAAGAUACACCAAGAAAAACCAAUAA